AUGACGAUCCUUGUUGGAAGACCCUUGGACUGGGCCAUCACGGCCACAGCUGGCUCGGGCUUCCUCCUCUUCGGUUAUGAUCAGGGUGUUAUGUCCGGCCUGUUGACAGGUACUGCAUUCACCAACACUUUUCCCGAGAUUGACACUACAGAUGGCGGCAAUGGCAGUUCUUCCCUUCAAGGAACAGUCGUCGCUAUCUACGAGAUCGGUUGCUUCUUCGGCGCCAUCUUCUGUCUCAUCUUUGGCGAGUACUUUGGUCGUCGCAAGUGUAUCAUGAUGGGAUGUGUUGUUCUCAGUAUCGGAGCCGCUCUCCAAGCAUCAGCUUUCGGAAUCCCUCAGAUGAUCGUUGGCCGUAUUGUAGCUGGUCUCGGAAACGGCAUGAACACCAGUACCAUUCCUGUCUGGCACUCCGAGCUCAUGAAAGCCAGUAAUCGUGGCAAGGGUCUCGCCAUCGAACUCGCCAUCAACAUCUUCGGCGUCAUGCUUUCAUACUGGGUUGACUACGGCAUGUCCUACGUCAGCAAUGACGCCCAGUUCCGCUUCCCCCUUGCCUUCCAGAUCUUCUUCGCUAUCCUGACCUUCAUCGGAAUCAUCCUCCUUCCUGAGUCUCCUCGUUGGCUCAUCAACCACGAUCUCCAUGACGAGGCACGCGAGGUUCUUUGGGCUGUGCGCCGAGACGCCAAGUCUAUCUCCAAGGAGGAUGAGACUGUCAGCCGCGCUAUUGCUGAAAUUCAGCAUGCUAUCAAUGAGGAGCGCGAGGCGGCGCAGACGAGCAGCUUCAAGGCUAUGUGGAAGAAUGGAGAGCAGAAGUUCCUGUACCGAACAAUGCUCGGUAUUGGUGGACAGUUCAUGCAACAGCUUUCUGGUAUCAACCUUAUCACAUACUAUGCCCCUGUCAUCUUCCAAGAAUCAGUCGGCAUUUCCCAUAACCUGAGUCUCCUGCUUGCUGGCUUCAACGGUGUCGCCUACUUCUUCUCCUCGCUUAUCCCCAUCUGGAUCAUUGAUCGUCUCGGUCGCCGCAAGUUGAUGAUGUUUGCCGCCGCUGGUCAAGCAGUCUGCAUGGCUGUCUUGGCUGGAACCGUGUCUACUGGGCAGCCUGGACCCGGUAUUGUUGCCAUUGUCAUGCUCUUCUUGUUCAACUUCUUUUUUGCUGUCGGACUACUCGCCAUCCCCUGGCUCUUGCCCGCCGAAUAUGCUCCCCUGGCCAUCCGUACCCGUGCCGCUGCCCUUGCAACAGCCUCCAACUGGAUCUUCACCUUCCUCGUCGUCGAGAUCACUCCCGUGUCCAUCUCAAGCAUCGGCUGGAAGACGUACAUCUACUUCUGCAUCUUCAACGCCUUCUUCGUUCCCCUCAUCUACUUCUUCUACCCUGAGACCCGGCUGUUGUCUCUCGAGCAGAUCGACAAGCUCUUCACUGGUCCAAAGGUCUUGCUUCACUGGGAUCACAGCAUGGGUGUGCCUGGAGAGGCUUCUGAGAAGAGCGCCAGUGGUGAAACUGGCGAGAAUGAGAGCAAUGAGAAGUUUGAGACCGAGGUCCAUAUGAGGGAGUAAAUUGGUGGAGGACUUGGAGUGAGCGAAAAGGGGACCGUUAUUCCCCUGCUUAUGUUAGAUCAUGGUCAAUAUGAUGCUCA